AAUUAAAGCCCCUGCCACCUUCCUACCUCUUUCGUCAUUCAUUACACCCCCAGCGCUGGUUCACGGAUGACAUUGCGACAACACCCAUUGGCGACACUAUCUGAAGCAUUCACCUUCGGUCAGUGAUAUAUCAGAUUCAUCAGAUUGACGUUAUCACUACUUCGAUUUUUCGUAACUCAAUCACUCAAACUUGGCGUUCUCAUAGCCACCCAUUUAGACCCCUGCCAGUCUACGCACUUGCGACAAUUCACACAAUGCCAACCACUAGGAGAUCAACAGGAGGAGGUCGCGCCAGGCCUGGCCCGGCACGAGGCCAAUCGACCAUCAGCUUCUCUAACAGAGUGUCGAAACCCGUACCCAAGGACACCAAGAAAACAGUGGCUCUUUCCGCGGCCAUUGACCGAUCGGACGUAGCAAAACCAAGCAACAAGGAGCACAAGGAUGUCGUCGACGAGAUCCAGAUCGAGGAGCCCGUGACGCCCGAGGUUGAGAAUGUUGAAGCCAAGGAAGAAGUCCCCGAAAAGUCAGAGGCCGAAGUGAGGGCCGAGAAGAUCAGCGACGCGCAGAUCAACAAGUAUUGGAAGUCGAUCGAGGCUCAGCGCAUUGCGCCUAGGGUGCACCAGGGUGAUGUGAGUCUGGCUGAGAGGGUUUUGCGAUACUUUGAUGUUAGCUCUCAAUACGGUCCCUGCAUCGGCCUCCAGCGCAUGAAGCGGUGGCAGCGCGCAGAGAGGCUAGGUCUCAACCCGCCUAUCGAGGUCCUUGCGGUACUCCUAAAGGAGGAGAAAAAGGGCAACGCUUCGGGGCGGGCUCACUUAGACGAGCUUAUGAACUCGACAGCGGUCGGAGCCUCAUAAUUGUGGAGGAUCUCAGCAAGCGUCUACAAAGGUGAAAAAGGUCAAAAGAGUUCACCCCCCCGGUGCUGAACUGGGGGCUACAUCUCUUGGUGCUCAUGCUGGGAAAUUUUUGGGUGCUCAUGCUGGGAUUCGAACUCGGUACUCGUAUGCGCUGAGCCUGUCGUC